AUGACCGCGCUGAGCAUGAAGCUCCUCGUCGACACGGCGGCGCGCCGCGUGCUGUUCGCGGAGGCCAACAAGGACGUCGUCGACUACCUCUUCUCCAUCCUCGCUCUGCCCAUCGGAACCGCGAUCAAGCUGCUCGGGAAGGAGCGGCCGGGUGCCUUGGGUGGCAGCACCUGCAGCCUCUACGCGAGCGUCGAGAAGCUCGACAAGAGAUACCUCGAACCCGCCGCGGCCAAGGCCGUGCUCCUUGGGCCCACCACCGCGCCGCCGGCCGCCGCCGCUUCCAAGGCGAGUUCCCUCCCUUUCCGCACGAAGUCGCUCGUGCGGGGCGUCGUGAGGUACACGGUGCUGGACGACCUCACGGUGACGCCCCCGUCCGCCGUCUCCAGCGUCGGGCUUCUCAACACGUUUGCUGUGAAGGACCUCGGCGCCCUCCAGGAGAAGCACGUGCAGCUCGCUUACAAGGAAGGUUUGGAAAUUUUGAGAGCUUCGCUCGAGUCCAAGACUGUUCUUACGGAUGUUUUUCUUGAGAAGCCCUAG